CAGAUGUACGAAAACAGCAGGGAACUUAUGCACUUGCAUUUGAUGAACUUGAAAAACGUUUCAAGGGCAGUACGGAUGAGGUGGUCAACUGGAGGGCUGCUUUGAAGGAAGCAGCCACUAUGUCUGGGUUUCAUUAUUCAAGCAAAACAGGGAGGACAGAGUACCAUUUUGUUGAGGAAGUUGUUCAACAUGUUUUGACCAAAUUGAAUCGCGAAUCGUCAAGUGAUUUAAAGGGCCUGGUUGGAAUUGAAAGAAAAAUUGAGCAAAUUGAGUUGCUAUUAUGCUUGGAUUCACCAGGUGUUUGCUGCGUAGGUAUUUGGGGCAUGGGUGGUAUUGGCAAGACCACCCUCGCUGAUGCUGUAUUUCACAGGCAGAGGCAGUCCUCUAAAUUUGAAGCUUGUUGUUUUCUCGCAAAUGUCAGGGAGAAAUCAGAAAAAACGGAUGGACUAAAUGACUUGCGAAAUACACUUGUUCGUGAAUUAUUAAAGGAUAAAGAUGUAAAUAUCAACUCUCCGUCUAUACCACCUCAUAUUCAAGAUAGGCUCAGGCGUACAAAGGCACUCAUUGUUCUUGAUGAUGUGAAUGCUCGAAAACAACUAGAAUAUCUUGUUGGUGAUCAUGAUCGGUUUUGCCAAGGGAGUCGAAUCAUUAUAACUGCUAGAGAUAAAGGCCUACUUGAGCAAAAAGUUGACCACGAAAAGAUAUACAAUGUUGAGGGAUUAGGUUCUGAUGAAGCUCUUGAGCUCUUUCAUUUGCAUGCUUUUGGAAAUAAGUCUCCAACAACUGAUGAAGCUCUUCAGUUGUCGAGAGAGGUGGUAGAGUAUAGUAAGGGCAAUCCAUUAGCUCUUAAAGUUAUGGGGUCAUCAUUCCGUCGUUGCAAGAGCAAACUAGAGUGGGAAGUUCAAUGGAAAAAAGUGAAACAAUUUCCAGAAGAAGAAAUCGAUCAAGUGUUGAAAAUAAGUUACGAUGGAUUAGGAAAAAAUGAGAAGGAGAUAUUUCUUGAUAUGGCAUGUUUUCAUAAAGGCUAUCUGAGGAAUUAUGUAGAAGAGUUUGUGGAUAGUUGUGGUUUCUUUGGGAAAACGGGAAUCAAUGAUCUUAUUGAUAGGUCUCUCAUAUCAAUUUCAGAAGAUAUGGAGUUAAAAAAAUUGAAAGAGAAAUACCCAGGAGGACGGAUAGAUAUGCAGUCAGUAGAACGGAUAGAGAUGCAUGAUUUGGUGCAGGAAAUGGGUAGGGAAAUUGCUCGAGAACAAAGCAGUAGGUUGUUCAAUGCAGAUGAUGUCUAUCAAGUUUUGAUAAAUAACCAGAGAGAUGGACGUGUUCAAGCCAUAUCGUUUGACUUGUCUAAGUAUGAAAAGCUACCCUUGGAGUUGGAACACGCAAACUUCGAAAAGAUGUAUCAACUGAGACGCCUACGUGUCAGUCAUUAUCCUCUGAUGAGAGCUCGAGGUCUUCGCAAUAUUGUUUCUCUUGAUCUUCCCAAUUCUCUUAGAUAUCUUGUCUGGGAGGGAUAUCCUUUGAAAUCUUUGCCAUCAAAAUUUUCUGCUCAAAAUCUUGUUGUCCUUAGUAUGCAGAACAGCCAAGUUGUGGGGCAACUUUGGAAUGAAGAUCAGAGUCCUGUGAACUUAAAACGGAUCAAUCUUAGUGAAUGCUACCAUCUAACUGAAGUCCCAAAUCUCUCUCGGAGUCGGAAAAUUGAGCAUAUAGAUCUGAAGGGCUGUCACAGUUUGGUUGAAAUUCCUUCGUAUUUUCAACAUCUUAGUAAGCUUACUUAUCUUGACCUUACGCAAUGCACAAAUCUCAAAAAUCUUCCCGAGGUGCCAUGCAAUCUUGAAUUCUUAAUUUUGUAUUCGACAGCAAUAGAGGAAUUGCAUUCAUCAGUUUGGUCUCACGAAAAAAUAUCUCACUUAGAUAUUAGAUUUUGUCGACACCUUAAGAGUCUUCCAAGCAACACUUGUAAGCUGAAACUCUCGAGUCCUUUUAGUCUAAUCGGCUGCAAAUCUCUUUGCGAGUUUUGGGAGCUUCCCAUGGAUACAACAGUGCUAGAGUUGAGUAGUACAACAAUAAAAGAAUUGAGGAAAACAUCAAUAGAGUUUGUUGUUGGUCUCACUGCAAUUAAACUGAUCGAUUGCAAAAGCCUUGUGAGUCUCCCAACGAACAUUUGGAAGUUGAAAUAUUUGGAAAGCCUUGAUCUCAGUGGUUGCUCUAACUUUCAACACUUCCCAGAAAUCUCUGAGGCUAUGGAGCAUCUGGAGUUUCUAAAUUUAUCAGGUACAACGGUUAAGGAGGUACCCCGAUCAAUUGGAAAUCUAGUUGCGCUUCGAAAAUUAUGCCUGGUUGAGUGCAGUAUACAAGAAAUCCCUGAUGACCUCUUUUGCUUAACCUCAUUACAAGAGUUAGAUUUGAGUAGCACCAAAAUUAAGAGCAUACCUGCAAGCAUCAAACAAGCUGCUCAACUGUCUCGCCUAUGCCUCAACGGUUGCAAGAGCCUUGAAUCUUUACCAGAGUUCCCCCCAUUGCUGCAAAGUCUUGAAGCAGAUCGUUGCACGUCACUGAAGACAGUGAUAAGUUCAAGCACUGCAAUCACACAAGGUUGGGAAGAAUAUAUAUUUUAUCGAGGGCUUCAUGAGAAACACAUAUUUUCUAAUUGCCCAAAGUUGGAUGAGAAUGCACGAAGCAACAUAAUGGCUGAUGCACAGCUCAGAAUUAUGCGAAUGGCAACAGCGUCUUCAAAGUUUAAAGAAGACAAAUUUGAGAAGUUGGAUGAGAAUGCACGAAGCAACACAAUGGCUGAUGUACAGUUCAGAAUUAUGCAAAUGGCAACGGCGUCUUCAAAGUUUAAAGAAGACAAAUUUGAGAAGGGAUCUUUCGUUGCCAUUAGAUGUUGUGGGAAUGAAAUUCCAAAUUGGUUCAGCCAUAAAAGUGAGGGAUGUUCAAUAAAGAUUAAGCUUCCUCGUGAUUGGUUUAGCACAGAUUUCUUGGGUUUCGCUAUAUCUCUUGUUGCAAACAAGAGAGGCUCUGCUCUAUUUUUAGUUGAGCAUUUCAAGCUUCUAUGCAAGUACAACUUCAAAACUAGUAAUGGUGAAAGCCAUGAAGUCAACCAUGGUUUGUUUGAUCUGUUCGAUAUUGAUGCUAUCUUUGACAGUGGAGAUCCACGUGAGGUGUUUGUGUGGUGGUAUAAUAAUGUCUUUGAAGAAGUUGUAGAGGGAGCUGAAAGCCCCACUGCGUUUUACAAACUUGUUACUGAGGUCAAUGUUGACUUCACCGUAUGGGGUCUUUCUUGCACCGAAUCCCUUCCGGUGGAAAAGUGUGGGAUAUGUCUGUUGUAUGGCAAAGAUGCUGAGAUGAUAAAGGCUGAUUCGGCGCAUGAUAAACAGCAUUCUGAUAUUUUGCAGGUUUUGGAAACGGAUAUGAAUUCUUCUUCUUCUUCUCUUCCUUUUCCUGCUCCCCUUGAAGAAAAGUACGAUGUGUUUGUUAGUUUCAGAGGUGAGGACACACGCGAUGCUUUUACCAGCCAUCUUCACGCAGCUUUACUUCGGAAGCAAAUUGAGACCUACAUAGAUAACAGACUUGAGAAAGGAGACGACAUUGGACCUUCCCUUAAAGAAGCAAUCAAGAAAUCGAAAAUUGCAGUAGUCAUUUUCUCAAAAAACUAUGCUUCUUCCACAUGGUGUUUGAAAGAACUUGCGCAUAUACUAGAAUGCAAGAAAAGCUAUGGACAAAUUGUUAUACCCAUUUUUUAUGGGAUAGAUCCAUCACAUGUACGAAAACAGCAGGGAACUUAUGUACUUGAAGAUCGUCCACUUAAGCGCAAUAUGGAUGAGGUGGCCAACUGGAGAGCUGCUUUGGAGGAAGCAGCCAAUAUGUCUGGGUUUCCUUAUUCAAGCAAAAAAGGGACGGAGGCCGAUUUUGUUGAGGAAGUUCUCCAACAUGUUUUGACCAAAUUGAAUCGUGAAUCGUCAAGUGAUUUAAGGGGCCUGGUUGGAAUUGAAAGAAAAAUUGAGGAAAUGGAGUCGUUAUUAUGGUUGGAUUCAACAGAAGUUUGCUGUGUAGGUAUUUGGGGCAUGGGUGGUAUUGGAAAGACCACCCUUGCUGAUGCUGUAUUUCACAGGCAGUCCUCUAAAUUUGAUGCUGCUUGUUUUCUUGCAAAUGUUAGGGAGAUAUCAGAACAAACGGAUGGACUAAAACAAUUGCGAAAUACACUUCUUGGUGAAAUAUUAAAGGACUCCUUUAAUAUCAACACUCCAUCUAUACCACUUCAUAUUCAAGAUAGGCUCAGGCGUAAAAAGGCGCUCAUUGUUCUUGAUGAUGUGAAUGCUCGAAAACAACUAGAAGAUCUUGUUGGUGAUCAUGAUCGGUUUUGCCAAGGAAGUCGAAUCAUUAUAACUGCUAGAGAUAAAGGCCUACUUGAGCAAAAAGUUAACCAUGAAAAGAUAUACAAUGUUGAGGGAUUAGGUUCUGAUGAAGCUCUUCAGCUCUUUCAUUCCCAUGCUUUCAGAAAUAAGUCUUCAACAACAGAUUAUGCUGGGUUGUCAAAAAAGGUGAUAGAUUAUAGUAAGGGCAAUCCAUUAGCUCUUAAAGUUAUGGGGUCCUUAUUCCAUCGUUGCAGGAGCAAACAAGAGUGGGAAGACCAAUGGAACAAUUUGAAACAUUUUUCAAACGAAGAAAUCGAGGAAGUGUUGAGAAUAAGUUAUGAUGGAUUAGGAAAAAAUGAGAAGGAGAUAUUUCUUGAUAUAGCAUGUUUUUAUAAAGGCUAUGAGAGGAAUUAUGUAAAAAAAUUAUUAGAUGGUUGUGGUUUCCGUGGGGAAAAGGGAAUCAAUGAUCUUAUUGAUAGGUCUCUCAUAUCAAUUUCAAAUGGACGAUGGAUAGAUUUGCAGUCAAAAGAAUUUAUAAAGAUGCAUGAUUUGGUGCAAGAAAUGGGUAGGGCAAUUGCUCGAGAACAACGCAGUAGGUUGUUCAAUGCAGAGGAUGUCUAUCAAGUAUUGACAAAUAACCAGAGAGAUGGACAUGUUCAAGCCAUAUCCUUUGACUUGUGUGAGAUUGAAAAGCUACUCUUGGAGUUGGAACAUGCAAACUUCGAAAAGAUGUAUCAACUGAAAUGCCUACGUGUCAGUUAUGGUCUUCUCAAGUACCAAUUAAUUGUUUCUCUUGAUCUUCCCCAUUCUCUUAGAUAUCUUGAAUGGAAAAAAUAUCCUUUGAAAUCGUUGCCAUCAAAAUUUUCUACUCAAAAUCUUGUUGUCCUUGAAAUGCCGUUCAGCGAAGUUGGGUCGCAACUUUGGACUGAAGACCAGAGUCCUGUGAACUUAAAAUGGAUCUGUCUUAGUGAAUGCAAACAUCUAACUGAAGUCCCAAAUCUCUCUCGGAGUCUUAAAAUUGAGCAUAUAGAUCUGUGGGGUUGUGACAGUUUGGUUGAAAUUCCUUUGUAUUUUCAACAUCUUGGCAAGCUUACUUAUCUUGACCUUGGGAGCUGCACAAAUCUCAAAAAUCUUCCCCAGAUGCCAGGCAAUCUUGAAGUCUUACUUUUAUCUGACACAGCAAUAGAGGAAUUGCCUUCAUCAGUUUGGUCUCACAAAAAAAUAUCUCGCUUAGAUAUUACAUAUUGUAGAGACCUUAAGAGUCUUCCAAGCAACAGUUGUAAGCUGAAACUCUCGGGUUCUCUUAGUCUAAACGGCUGCAAAUCUCUUUGCCAGUUUUGGGAGCUUCCCACGAAUACAAGAGUGCUAGAUUUGAGUGAGACAUUAUUCUUAUCUUCCAGAAACCUUAUGAGUCUCCCAACGAACAUUUGGAAGUUGAAAUCUCUGGAGAGCCUUGAUCUCAGUUGCUGCUCCAAAUUUCAAAACUUCCCUGAAAUCUCGGAGGCUAUGGAACAUCUGGAGUUUCUAAAUUUAUCAGGUACAGCAGUUAAAGAGCUACCCCCAUCAAUUGGAAAUCUAGUUGCGCUUCGAAAAUUAGCUCUCGGUGAUUGCAAUAACCUUGAGGUUGUACCUGAUGACCUCUUUUGCUUAACCUCAUUACAAGAGUUAGAUCUGAGUAGCACCAAAAUUAAGAGCAUACCUGCAAGCAUCAAACAAGCUGCUCAGCUGUCUCGCCUGUGCCUAAGGGAUUGCAGGAGCCUUGAAUCUUUACCAGAGCUCCCCCCAUUGCUGCAAUGUCUUGAAGCAGAAGGUUGCACGUCACUGAAGACAGUGUCAAGUUCAAGCACUGCAAUCACACAAGGUUGGGAAGAAUAUAUAUUUUCUCGAGGGCUUCGUGAGGAGCAUAUAUUUUCUGAUUGCCCAAAGUUGGAUGAGAAUGCUCGAAGCAACAUAAUGGCUGAUGCACAACUCAGAAUUUUGCGAAUGGCAACUUCGUCGUCAAAGUUUAAAGAAGACAAAAUUGAACAAGCAUCAUAUGAUUCAGAUUAUUUCCAUGAUGAAUCAGAGAAGGAAUUUUUUGGCAAGAGAUCUUCGGUUGCCAUUAGAUGUUGGGGAUAUGAAAUUCCAAAAUGGUUCAGCCAUCAAUGUGAGGGAUCUUCAAUAAAGAUUGAGCUUCCUCGUGAUUGGUUUAGCACAGAUUUCUUUGGUUUUGCUCUAUCUUUUGUUGUUGGCUAUGCUGCACAGAAGAUUGGAUGCAAGUACAACUUCAAAACUAGUAAUGGUGAAAGCCAUGUAGUCAACCAUCCUUUGUUUUAUGAUUCACAAAUAAAUGAACUAACCUUUGUUUAUGAAGAUUCACAUGAGGUGUUUGUGUGGUGGUAUAAUAAUGUCUUUGAAGAAGUUGUAGAGGAAGCUCGAAGCCCCACUGUGUUUUACAACCAUUUUACUGAGGUCAAUGUUGACUUCAACCUACUGAAUUAUCACCGCGAACCCUUUCCAGUGGGGGACAAGGUGGGGGUGGAAAAGUGUGGGAUAUGUCUGUUGUAUGGCAAAGAUGCUGAGAUGAUAAAGCAGAGGGCUUUGUAUGCCCAAGAUGCCGAAGUUCAAAUUUUCUUUUGAUUUGAGCUGUUUGCUUUGCAAGCCUUGUGGCUGAGGAUGCUUUUGAUUUUGAGUUUGUUAGGGUUAGGUAUGUCUUUCUUGUUUUAACGCCCCGUGUAAGCCAUGUAAUUUUCUUCAUUGAUUUCAAGUUUUCAAUUGUUAAAAGUCAACAGUAUAAUGAUUUCAACAUCUUUUGCGAGAGAUGAUAUAAACCAAUCCACAUCAAAGAUUGCAUCGAAGUUGCUGCACCAAAUACACGAAAUAACAUUAUAAAUACUCUGA